AUAAUCAUAAUUGAUAAUUGGGAAUAAUUAGAGUGUGUCGUCCCUUACCUUACCAUCCCACCAAAGUACCUAAACCUUCCCCAAAGCUAAGGUAUAAGGUAAGGUAGGGUCGGGUCGGACCUCUCACGAAAUAUUAACCCGUUCCUUCGAUUUCUCGAUUCAUGGCCACCGAUUAGCAAAAACCUUAAUAUCGGGAAACUUUUCCGUUUGGAAAGGUUAGAAACACCUAACGCCUCCUUUUCCCCCCGUUUCCCGUCUCCCGUUUCUUGUUCCCUAGUUCACCAUUCCCCGUUUACUCCAUUCCUUAUCCUAUGACGGCGACAACCACUUUUAUUACUACUACCACCACCACUAUUAUCGACCCGAACGACUCCCCGUCUAUGUUAUAAGCUCCAUGGGCCUUCCUCCAUUCUUACCUUUUGCUUCGGCUUCGGCGACAUGACGCCUCUAUACGCUUUGAGCGUUCCGAGUCCCGUACCCAUGAUCCCGGAUACUUCGCCCACUCCAGAUGACACACCAGAUACCACCCCGCCGCCGAACCACCAAAGAUCCGCCGAAGAGAUUUGUAAACCCACCGAUGGCUCAAUUGAGCAACCCAGUACGCAAGAUGGCGAUCCCAUCUCCCUCCGUAAUAAUAACAACUUUGCGUUGCGAGAUACGCCGACUAUGUUACCGAUGAAGGAAAGACGAUCCGCCUCUGUCAGUCCUUUGAGACUAACGAUGCCUUACAUAUCGCCUGGCCAGCUUGCUUUUUCCGCCAUGCAAUUUUUGCCUGUCCCUCUUCUGGUACUGAACAAUUUAAAAACCGUUGUCUUGGCUAAUGAAGCUAUGGGAAAGUUAUUGGGCAUGGUUGGUGAUUCACCUCAACCAACAGAAGACCCGGCUGUGUUAGGCGAGAGUCUUCGUGGCCAGACGCUCUCACAAAUUGGCAUCGACAUGGUUCAAGAUGGUAGACCGGUCUGGGUUUCUUGGGAAUCUUUUUUCGACGAAUUAGUUCUCGAGAUGGGCGCGAAACAGGCAGGGGAUACAUCAACGUCGCAUGCGAACCAUGUCGAUGGUGGGGUUGCAUCAACGGCAGACGAAGACCAAACAACACCGGAGCCGCCUGGUGGUAUUUUGGGUAAACCAGUAACGGAUUCUGCUGUUGACGUCGUGGUGUUACCUAAGAAUUUCAAUAUCGCCGAAGUCCCGAAAUCGAAAAGAUCCGAAUACCAGACCUAUGCGAAAAUGAUUAUUACAAUAUGGGAGAUCGAAAAUUGUCAAACAUAUUUCACCUUAACAUUCACCAGUACUGGGACAUCCCCUUCGCCUGUUCCAAGUAGACGAGUCCGUGUUGCUCGACCUUCUACACUCGAGGCCGCCGACCGCAAAUCGAUCUUCAAUUCUAACCCAUCUUCACUCAGUUCGGGGCAUUCUUCAAGUUCUACAUCCUUUAACUAUAGUCCUAAUUCCAUCACGGUCUCGUCUAGCCAAUUCCCACCUACAGGACCACCAUCACGCUUACUUUCAACGAGCACGCCGUCGUUCUUACAGAAGAUGACCGUCAUCAAAGAUGCGCUUCUCGAUAAGACUGAUAUGCCAAUCUUUUCCAUGUGGAUAGACGGAAGUGCGCCAGUCAUGAAUAGAGCUGCUCGAGAUCUAUUUGUAGCAAGUACCGGCGGGGAGUAUCAAGAUGGAUUCGAUUUACUUUCUCGAUGGGAUAUUUGGAAUGGUGAUUUUACGACAAAAUACACCCCAUCUGAAUUCCCCAUCGCUGUACUUAUAAGAGAACGAAAGCCCUUUUCUUCAUGGAGGAUUGGCAUGUUCGACAAGAAAAAGAACGCUCGAAUAACAUACGACGUGUUGGGUGAAUUAAUUACGGACGAUCAUACUGGGGAAGUUAUCGCGGGGAUCAUAACGUGUCGAGAUGUUACACAUCUAGCUCAAGAAAUCACAGAUAUCAAAAUAGCAGAUGAGGAACGAUUCAAGUUAAUUUGCGACACUAUGCCACAAAUGGUCUGGACGACUAAGCCUGACGGAGUUCAUGACUUCUUUAACAGUAGAUGGUAUGACUACACAGGCUUGACACCAGAAGAAUCUAUGGGUUUAAGCUGGAAGCAUCCUUUCCACCCGGAUGACAUGCCCAUUACGUUGAAACGAUGGAAACACAGCCUAUCUACAGGGGAACCCUAUGCUACUGAGUAUCGAUGCCGAAGAAAAGAUGGCGAAUGGAGAUGGAUGUUAGGGCGUGCAUUACCGUUAAGGAAUAAGUACACUGGAGUGAUUGAAAAGUGGUUUGGAACCUGUACCGAUGUUCACGAGGCUCUUGAAGCGAAGAUGUCCGCGAAACAGACUAGAGAACAACUUCUUAGUGUUCUUACACAUGCGCAGACCACAAUAUUCUCCGUUGAUCGUGAUUUAAAAGUCACGACACUAGAAGGCGCGUUGACAUGGAACGCGGCGAAAGAUGAUACACCAGGUGUUGACACUGAUCUACAAACAUUCGUCGGUAGGAAUAUUGACGAGGUAUUCCUUAAUCUUAAUCCAAGACUCCAUUUGGGCGAGUUUGAUACGUUUCUUGAACCAGUGAGGAACAUAUUAGCGGGGAAGCAGUGGACGGAGACAGUGCACGAGCACAAGCUAGACGAUCGAUUCUACCGCACGAGAUUUUUGCCUCACAUUGAUAAGACACCGCAAGAUGGUCAGACUACGAAGUCGUUCAUCAAAGGCGCUAUCGGCGUCAUUAUGGACGUGACCGAGUUGAAAAAACGAGAACAAGAUCUCGAAGAACAAGUUAAAGAGAAGAGGCAACUCAAGGCUAAUGAGGCCGCAGCUAAAGAAGCAAGCCGCUUGAAGAGUCAAUUCUUAGCGAAUAUGUCUCACGAAAUUCGAACCCCGAUCACAGGAGUAAUAGGAAUGGCUGAACUUCUUGUGGACUCGCCUCUGAAUGACGAACAAAGGGAAUACGCCGAGAAUUUGAGUCGAUCUGCAAAUGCAUUAUUGACUGUCAUCAACGACAUCCUAGAUUUCUCUAAAGUUGAAUCCGGUCGCCUUGAUAUAGAGGAAGUUCAAUUUUCUCUCUCCGUGGUCGUACAAGACGUCUCCAAGAUGUUGAGUUUUGCGGCAUCUAGAAAGAGUUUGGAUUUUCGUUCCGACAUAUCGGCUGAUAUCGAAAACGACCUUGUAGUCCUUGGAGAUCCCGGCCGUGUCCGACAGAUCAUUACGAACCUUCUUACCAACAGCAUAAAAUUCACAAAUAUCGGCUACGUUAAAUUUUCCGUUUGGAAAGAAAAAGAAACGAAUGAUACCAUCGAGAUAAAAUUUGUUAUUGAAGACACUGGAAUUGGCAUCGAAGAGGAUGUUCUAAAGCGACUCUUCCAACCAUUUAGCCAAGGAGAUGCUUCUACAGCCAGGAAAUUUGGAGGAACAGGGCUAGGUUUGACGAUAUCGAAAAAUCUGGUCGAUUUGAUGCGCGGAAGAAUUACACUGGAGUCAACGAUCAACCAUGGCACAACUGCGACUUUCUGGAUACCGUUCAACAAGCCACAGAACCCACAGAGGGAGGCGCUCGUCGAUAUCGGUCGCUUACCCGAUCGAUUACAAUCCGAAAUGAGUGUUUCGUGUAACAGUUCGGAACAUGAGCAUUUCUUAGGAACACCUCCCGCGGAGUUAAACUCUGGCUCGAUGGAGAAGUCAAGACGGCCUCGACCAAGAAGACCCGCCAAUUUGAUGGCACCAUUCACUUUUGAGACUGACGACCUUCCACGAUCAGAACGUGCCAAGGUUCAAGUUCUCGUCGUUGAGGAUAAUGCGGUCAAUCAACAAAUCGCGACUAAAACCAUUAAAAAGCUUGGAUUUAAUGUCUGCGCCGCUUGGAACGGGAAAGAAGCACUUGAGCACCUCGAGGCGUGCAGAUUAGGCAAGUAUGCGAAACCGGACAUAAUUCUUAUGGACGUACAGAUGCCCGUGAUUGAUGGGUACAAAUGUACGCACAUAUUACGACAUCACGUACCUUAUAAAUCCUAUACCAACGAUGUGCCAAUCGUGGCGAUGACAGCUUCAGCUAUCCAAGGAGAUAGGGAAAAGUGUACUAAGGCAGGCAUGGAUGAUUACCUUUCCAAACCUGUGAAGAGUAACACUCUCGAAAGAAUGUUGGUAAGGUGGAGCAAAUCCCGUCGUAAGGCGGAUUCAAUAUCUUCGUCCUCUGCAAACCAUUCCAUUUCAGACUGUUCUGAGUCUGUAGGCCAGUGUGUUAGUGCAGACAUACCUACACCAGCCACGUAUGGCUUCACUACCAACAAUAACCCCAAGACUCCGGAGGAACGUUCGACUCGCGACGAUCCGGAUUGUUUAGGGGAAGAUGACCGCACGAAUUUACUUACACCUAGGCCAAUAUCGACAAGGAAAGGCUCGCACGAGAUGAAUCCAUUUCCUUUCGGUAUGUCACAAUCAGCUAGCCAUCUCUCUAGCGAUGAACUUGCUAUGCAGCUGAGAGAUGAUAAGCUCAUCGAUGCAGCUGAAAAUAGCAAUAACAUGAACAACACUAAGCCACCAAUAUCGCAUACUUUUUCCGAAGGCGACUCUUUGACAGAGGAGAACGUCCAGAAACUUGAUAAAGUGGGGGCAAAGGGAUCGUCGCCUGUUAGGAAUUUAUGAUUCCAAAGAUGUCUUCAUGACGAGGCGUUUGGGUGUUUUAUUUUGCUCUAUUGACGCGCUCAUAUCUAGGAUUACGGGGCAAUUGAUAUCCUCA